AUGUGCCAACACUUCUUGUGGAACUGUGGUCAUACCACACAGAAGACUUGCCCUUCUCCAAACUAUGAGAUUGCAAACAUGAAUAAUGCCCCUGUCCAAGGUCUCAAAUGCCCUGGGCAACCAGUCGACUACAUCAGAGUCGAAGAUCCCUGUUACAACUGUAUUCUCAAGAACACCGGUGGAGAGGGCAACAUAAAGGAUCGUGAUCUAGCAAGAGCGUAUGGUCAGGUGUAUGGUGCACGCAAAGGCAAACAUGGGCAAGGAUCCUAUGAGAGCUAUCAAAUGCCCCAAUCUCCGGCCAGCAAUCCCUAUCUUCGUCGAGGUGCAAUUGACUUGGGUCAACGCAGCAACUUGGGCGAUCUAGUUCAAGAGAGUACCAAUCUCAAGCACGGGUCUCUUGACAAGUUCCUCGAUGGAAGCAUUGCGGACAGCGACUCCAGCCAUCCAGGCGAUGCAGUUGUCACCUUCAACUCUCCUAGCAUGGCCAGAGCUAGUUGCCCUGGAUCUCGUCUGUAUCCAUGCCACCCAUCGGCUGGUCCAGAUGGUCCCACUGCCUGUGUGAGUUUCAGCUCUGGCUACAGUUUGUCUACUCGCGCUUCCAUCUCGAGUGACACUGGUCUCGCUGCUGGUGCAAUGGCAGGCUACACCUUUUCUCCUCGUGCCACUGGCUUCAGUCAUGGGGCUUCUACCAUUUCGUCACCGUGUCAUCCUGGCAUCAUUGGACAGAACAAAGCUGGAGACUCUGGUUAUUUUGGAACUCCCACCAAGUUCGGCGUCACUGGCAACAGCCCCGAGAUGAGUGGACAUGUCAAGCAAAACAAUCAAGCUGGCACCAUUGGAGACAAACGUCAAGCCUACGUCUUUGGACAAGUCGAAUACUCUCCUUCAGUGCCAUCCAACAGAUCAUAG